ACAUACACACACAUAUAUAUAUAUAUACUAUUUUAAAGAUAUGUAGGAAUUAGGAAAGCAUAAUCCUACAAUCUGUUUAUAACAUCUUAAUAUAAAUCAAGCUCUCGUGACUGUUGGCUUUAUACUAAGCACAUAAUUUCCGGUAGUAUAUACUUUAUUAAAUUUAGAUAACAUAUAUUUCGCUUAAAUCAUAAGGAUCAUGCAUAUACUACGAGAAUACUCUUCAUCUAGAGUGAAAUAUAUAUAGGAGAAAAUGUGAAUAAAUAUGUUUCAUGGCAUGUACCUUCAUCUCUUAUCUACUCAAGUGUUCGUUUAAAGAACCUCAGUUACUAUAGUUAGAAUAUGGUGUGCAUGGAAUAAUUUUCACCUGAAAUGCCACUACAAUGAUUAAUAUGAGGGGUAGAUACUCGGACACUUUUACUGGUCUUCUAAACUAUAAAGCAGACUUCCAUUACGGUAGUUUGUUUUUUUUUUUGUAUUUAUAAGAGUCGUGAAAUUUGAAUGUAAGAUAGAUUUUUCUGGAAUGAUGUUGGGGGUGGUGCGAUGAUGAUGGUAUGAUGAUGAUGAGAUUAUGAUGAUGAUACAAAGUAAUUAUGAUGGAGGUGUGGUAUGAUGAUGAUGAUGAUGAUGAUAAUUGUGGUGGCCAUGAAGAUGAUGAUGGGACGAUGGAUUACUGUAUAUGGUGAUGAUGAUUGUAUGGUUUUUUUUGUUUAAAUCUUAAUUUUAAAUUAAAAUUGACCACUUUAGUGAAAGAAACGUGUGAAUUGGUGGAAGAGAGAGAGUUUGUUAUUUCAAAGCGAAGAAUAAAAUCUAGUGACGACUUGACCGGUUGAACCGUCCGGUCUAAUGUUAGAAUCGUUACCAGUCUCUGGGUUGGGGGAAGAGAGAGAGACUUGGCAGUAGCGGAAUAGUGCGGCGGACGGAGAAAUGCUGAGCACACCGUUGGGGACGACGGAGGUAUCCCCAGCUUUAAUCAAUCACAACGGUUAUGGCCGAUUCCUCUCCUCUUCAGGAGUCUCUCACUUCUCUCUCCAUCAUCGGAGACGUCACUCGCCUAGAUUUUCUAUUUCUCAUACUCCGUCUUCUAAAUCAGUAGGAGCAUGCAAUGCAAGUCAGAUAGUUGAUAUUUUUCCAGCGGUUUCACCUGAAAUCGUUGUUCGGGAAGCAAGACUGGAGGAUUGCUGGGAAGUGGCGGAGACUCACUGCAGCUCCUUCUUCCCGGGAUAUUCGUUCCCUCUUGAUGUUGUCCUGAGAGUAGAUAGGUUAAUGGCGAUGGUGAUGGGGUUCUCUGUUCCAUCAGGGUGCCAGAGAACUUGUCUAGUCGCUGUGAUAGGUAGCUCAGUGGACGAAACCAUCUGCAUCGGAAGUGAAGAUUUCAAGAUCGGAGCUUUCGAUGCAAAGAUCAGCCUCAACAAAGGUUAUGUUGCUGGAAUCUUGACCGUGGAUACUGUGGCUGAUUACCUCCCAAGGAAAGGACCUCUACGCCAGAGAAGGACGGGGAUUGCUUACAUAUCAAACGUGGCGGUUCGAGAGAGUUUCAGGCGCAAGGGAAUAGCAAAGAGACUCAUCUGGAAAGCAGAGGCUUUAGCCAAGAACUGGGGAUGUCGAGCCAUCGGCCUUCACUGUGAUCUCAACAACUUUGGAGCCACCAAACUCUACAAAGACCAAGGUUUCAGAUGCAUCAAGAUCCCCGAUGGAGCGAAAUGGCCACAACCAAAGACAUCUCCAGACACCAGGUUUAACUUUAUGAUGAAACUCGUGAACAACAACAACAAUACACAAGCCCUUGAGCAGUUCAUGUAAUUUGGUGAAACAGCUCUGAAUAUGUAAAUAGGUUACUGGUUGUUUGUUUGUUGUUUGUGGUCCACGUUUGUUCGUCUUGUGUAAAUGCUAUUGUCUAUAAUAUUUCCACCAAAUACGCUUUUUUAUCUGAAGUCAAGUGACAAUUUCGUAAAAAA